AUGUAUUUUUUCUUUCUUUCUUUCUUUUUUUUUCUUUCUUUCUUUCUUUCUUUCUUUCUUUUCGAUAACAUCCAAAGACAGAUAUGCAAUUUGUCAGGAGCAAAUGUACAUUCGGCAUCGGUCGGCGCCCGCCCGCACAUUGUAAUAUCUGACGGAGGUGCGACAGCGUGGCGGCUCUUGUCGUCACCAGAUGGCGCUCGCAUCGCUAGUCCGAUGAACUUUACACCCUUCCCGCUAACAAAUUUCUUUCUUCUUCAUCCUCGUCUUCUGCCAUGUAUUUCUUCUAUUCAAACAUUCUUUCUUUUUUUCUUUUUUUUUUUUGUCGUUUUUUUACUUUUUUUCGCUUUUUCUUUUUUCCGAUUUUUCGUUUUUUUCUUUUGUCUUCUUUUUUCGUUUUUUUUUUCUUUUUAUUUCGCUAUCAUUUUUUUUCUUUCGGUGUUACGUUCCCCGUUUUCACUUUUAGAUUUCCCUUCUUCUCUUCGAAUCUUGAAUAUCACUUCAGUUUCUAUCUAUCUAUCUAUCUAUCUAUCUAUCUAUCUAUCUAUCUAUAUAUAUAUAUAUAUAUAUAUAUAUAUAUGUCUACUUUUCUGCGUCGUGCCUGUAGCUCCCUAUCUAUCUAUCUAUCUAUCUAUCUAUACUAGUUUGUUCAUUAUCUAUCUUAGUGUGUUCAUUAUCUAUCCAUCUCAGUCUGUCCAUAUCUAUCUAUCUAUCUAUAUCUAUCUAUCUAUCUAUCUAUCUAUCUAUCUAUCUCAGUCUGUCCAUAUCUAUCUAUCUAUCUAUCUAUCUAUCUAUCUAUCUAUCUAUCUAAAUGCUAACCGUUUCUCGGUUACAACACUAUCUAUCUAUCUAUCUAUCUAUCUAUCUAUCUAUCUAUUAUAUACCGUACCUAUGGACACUAAUGUGCAUUACCUCACUGUCUCUUGUUUGGUUGAAUACCGACACCCAAUGUCUUUUCUAUGCGUUUUUUUCAUUCUGUAUUUUCUUUUCUUUUUCUCGUUGUUUUUUUUUCCUUUUAUUCAUUCUUCUACUCAGCAUUACCACAUUUUUUUUCUUUCUUUUUUUAAUUCAUUUUUACAGUUUUUUCUUUCUUUCUUCUUUCGAGGAGUCUUUCUUUUUUCUUUCUUUCUUUCUUUGAUUCAAAAUAUUUUUCGCUGGGAGCAUUCUUUCUGCAUUAUCUUUUUUCUUUCUUGUAUUCUUUGCUUCAAAAUAUUUUUUAAUUUCUUUCUUUCCCUCUUUCUUUCCCUCCUUCUUUACUUGCUUCUUUCCUUCUUGCUUACUUUUUCUUUCUUUCUAUCUUUCUUUCUUUCUUUUUUCUUUCUUUCUUUUUUUGAUUCAAAAUAUUUUUCGGAGCAUUGUUUCUGCAUUAUCGUCUUUCUUCUUGCAUUCUUUACUUCAAGAUAUUUUUUAAUUUCUUUCUUUCUCUCCUUCUUUCCCUCCUUCCUUCCUUGUUUCUUUCCUUAUUGUUUACUUUUUCUUUCUAUCUUUCUUUUUUUUUCUUUCUUUCUGUGUAGCCUCUUUUCUUUCUUUUUUGUAUUUAUUUUAAUUUCAUACUUUUUCUCUUUUUAUUUCCUUUCUUCUUUUCUUUCUUCCUUUAUUUCUUUUUUUUCUUUCUUUCUUACAAAUUUAUCUCUUUUAUUCCCUAUAUUUCUAUUUUUCCUUCAUUCUUUGUUUCCAUCUCUUCGUUUAUUUAAUUAUUUUUAUCUUAUAUUUCCUUCUUUUGCUUUCUUUCUUUCUUUCUUUCUUUCUUUCUCAUUUCCUUUUUUCCUUCCUUACUUUUUCCUUCCUUUCUUUCUCCUUUUUAUUUUCCGUUUGCCUCUUUUCAUUCAUUCUGUUUACCACUUUUGUUUUUUUUCAUUUUCCUUUUCUUCUUUCUUUCUUUCCUUCUUUCUUUCCUUCUUUCUUUCUUUCUAA